CGACUGGCCAUGUGGCCAUAGUCAGUGCAAUCUGUUCCUGCCUGUCAGAUGCUUCAUUUCCAGCCACGGGGCUCAGAGAGAAACCAUGAGCACUGAUAAACACCCUAUUGGUUUGUGAUGUCACCCCUGGAAUGUUCUGAGUGUUUUGGUGACCAACUUCUACAAAGGACCUAUACCUGGCAUCUCACAUUGCAUUCAAGGCCAAAUUUUACAAGAAAAGAAGACACCAAAUCUGAAAACCUAGAAAUUCCAAUUAAUGUGGUUCUACCUCAGAAGGGCACGGCCGAGCCCUACCUGAAGCUCCACAACCUGUACAGCACUCCUCGCUGCUCGCGCCAGGGCGCCGUGCCCGGGCUGAGCCGCCGGGUGGUCAGCCAGCACUCCUACCCGCUCAACCGUUUCACCUCGACGCCCUUCGACCCCAUGGAGCGCCCCACCUCCCAGGCCGACCUGGAGCUGGACUACAACCCUCCCCGCGUGCAGCUCAGCGACGAGAUGUUCGUGUUCCAGGACGGGCGGUGGGUGAACGAGAACUGCCGGCCCCAGUCCCCCUACUUCUCCCCCUCGUCCUCCUUGCACCACAAGCUGCACCACAAGAGGCUGGCCAAGGAGUACCUGCUGCAGGAGGAGAGCAGGUGCCUGCGCGAGGAGAACCGGGCGCUGCGCGAGGAGAACAAGGCGCUGCGCAGGGAGAACAAGAUCCUGCAGGUCUUCUGGGAGGAGCACAAGGCGGCGCUGGGCUGCGAGGACGGCCAGCCCGGCCCGCCUCUGCUGCGCAAGGAGAGCGCGUCGCAGGAGGCGGUGCAGAAGGAGGCCGCCGCCCCGCCGCCGCCGCGCAGCAAGGAGAACAGCGCGCUGCAGCUGCUGCGGGAGGAGAACCGCGCGCUGCAGCAGCUGCUGGCGCAGAGCCAGGCCUACUGGGCGCGGGUGGAGGACAAGACGGCCGGCGCGGACGGCAGCGCCGCGGGCCCCCCUGCGCACGAGGAGCCCCACAGCCCCGGGCUGCUUCCCGACCAGGGCGCGGGGCUCUCCUCCCCCUUCGAGGAGCCCAAAAGUCCCGCCACCCCGCAGGAGGACGCCCAGACCCUGCGCACCCUGCGGGAGCUCAUCAGCACCCUGUCUGGGCCGUCCAGGGAGGAGGAGGGCAAGGCGGGCCCGGGGCCGCUGCAGCUGCUGCGGGAGAUGGGCCAGGCGCUGCAGACCCUGCGCGAGGAGAACCGGCUCCUGCAGGAGGAGAACAGGGCCCUGCACGUGCUGAGGGAGGAGCACCGCGCCUUCCAAGAGGAGAACAAGGCCUUGUGGGAGAACAACAAGCUGAAGCUGCAGCAGCGGCUGGUCAUCGACACAGUGACCGAGGUCACCGCCCGCAUGGAGAUGCUCAUCGAAGAGCUGUACGCUUUCAUGCCCGCCAAGAACAACAAGGACCCCAAGAAGCCCAGCAGGGUCUGAGGCCUUCCUUGCAAAGAAGGACACCGAGUUCAGGCACAGAACAUCCACCCGGCAAAAGAGAGUUAGUCCUCUGCUUUUGUCCUCCCCCCUGGCCACAGUAUACCAGUGACAGAGGGCGCUCGCGGCCCCCUGAACUCAGAGAAGCAAUAAAGGCUGUGGAGGCUGGAGGCAGUCCAUG